ACUGCGGUCGAAGAUGCGUCGCCCGUUUCUUUCAUCUUACUAGAGCGGAGUUCUGUCUCUAGGGCAACUAAAUGGCGAGCGGCGCCGUCGCGCUCUUUGGUUCGUGUUGGGACGUUGCGGCGACUACGCUAUACUCCACUGGUGACACCUCUGAUUUGCCUUUAAUAGGAACUACUUCGACACCAGACUAAUACGGAAUACGUCGGGCAGGAGUGUGAAGUCAUUCAAGCCAACCGGAUGAGAUACAAAGAAUGCGCUGUCACGUUCCGGACCCGGAAGUGGUAUUGACACUUCUCGAUUGCUCGAAGAAAUAGUUUAGCCCCAUGGAAACAUAGCCUGGCAAUGAAGUGCCAGCUUUCUUUGGUGUUCCCGUUCGUCGUGCUCCUGUUGGCAGGUUUUUGCCGAGCUGUGACCAUUCGACGCCUAAUCGUGCCGCGCUGGGUGCGCAAUGGGUCCGAGACACCCGCUGUUCUCGACUGCGAGUACGUGUACAACGAGAACGACCUCAAGCUGGUGGUCAAGUGGUUCUUCAAUGACGGCGCGGAACCCGUGUACCAGUGGAUACCAGAGAUGGGAGUCCGCGAGGCGUUCGGAGUGCUACGGCAACGCCUGGACGACACGUUCUCCGUAAACUCUCGCGACGCGUAUUCCCAGUACCGCGCCAUCCGCAUUUUGAGGCCCACCUGGGAGCUUAGCGGCAAAUACACCUGCGUCGUGACCUCGCUCGCUGGCCAGGACGCACGGCACCAGCACAUGACCAUAUUCGUGCCGGCCAGGUCAUUCUCGUUCAACUACAGUAACUCACGGCCUCCACUAGACCGACUGCCCCGGCCACAAUCUCCGGAGCUCCCUCUGAGUCUUCUGUGCGUGGCACGAGGCACGUACCCAAAGCCGGUGCUGACACUGUUCCUACUCAAGGCAGGCAGAAGGAGACCUGCCACCGAGGCCGGCCUUCGAACAUUCACGACGGCGACAAUCGAAGACGGGCUCUUCGACGUCGCACUGCACGCCGACGCAUUCGAGAGUCAUCUCUCCUCACUCGCAGAUCUCUUCGAGUGCGUGCUGGAGAUCCCGUACAGCAACUAUGUGCUGACGCGCAGGAUGAGCCUCGCGCACGGCGGAGAAGAAGGGGUGCACCAGACAACACGGGAUUUCAGUGAGGAUCAGCGUUACACGUAG